AUGCCAUUUUGGCUCCCCGCGAUGACGGCCUACACACUGCGACCGAAACGAGGUCUGUCACUCCUUUGCACCAUUGCCGCCCUCGGCUUCAGCGUCAUAUUCAUUAUCUGGUAUGGCAUGAACUCCGAUCGCGACUAUAUACAUCCGAUCUUAACACAGCUGAUCCCCGCUGGACACUGUGCCUGCGAAUCCUCCACCACAUUCCAGUGCUCAACAUGCCUGACCUGCCCCGAGCCCCCGCGGCAAGAGAACACCACCCCCGCCUGGUCCUUUGAAUACGUCCGCGACGGUCGCAAUGAGGCCUUGGAUCAACGACAGUGCCAGGCAGCGUUCCCGGGCCUGUUCGAGGACAUUGCGCGCGGUGGCAAGUUUUGGUCCACGCACGGGGGCCUGUCGACGGCCGAGCUCGACGCCAUCACCAUCCAACAAGGCAUGGCCCGGGCCUUCAUCUCUCAGGGAGAGCUACACGUCGUCACGGCCCGCUCCAAAGGCGAAGAUCACCGGCGCAAAAUUCUGGGAACUUUGAGUUCGAUCCACCGUGCGCUGGCCGCCGACCCGGAACGAGCCUCCCGGCGCGAUGUCGAAUUCGUUUUCUCUGUCGAAGAUAAGGUGGACGAUGUGACCAACCCCGAGUGGCCGGUGUGGGUGUUUUCACGCACCCCCACCGAGCAGGGGGUCUGGCUCAUGCCGGACUUCAGCUUCUGGGCCUGGGACAACCCGAACAACUACAUAGGGCCGUACGACCAGGUCGUGGAUCGAAUUAAACGACUCGAUAUCCCGUGGUCCGACAAGAAACCCCAGUUGGUCUGGCGAGGCAAGCCUAGCUUCGCGCCAAAACUGCGACGCGCGUUGAUGGAGGCCGCUAGAGACAAGCCGUGGGGCGAUGUCAAGCAGGUUGAUUGGAGCACCGGGACGAACGUGCUCAAGAUGGAAGACCAUUGCCACUACAUGUUUAUCGCCCACGUCGAAGGCCGCUCCUAUUCCGCCUCGUUGAAGUACCGACAGGCCUGUCAUUCGGUUCUCGUCGCCCACAAACUCCAAUUCAUCCAACACCACCACUACCUCCUAGUUGCCGACGGACCAAACCAGAACUACGUUGAAGUGGAGCGUGAUUUCAGCGAUCUCGCGGACAAAAUCGAGCCUCUCAUCAGCGACACCGAGGCCGCCCGACGGAUCGCCUCCAAUAGCGUCAAGACUUUCCGCGAGCGGUACCUGACCCCGGCCGCCGAGGCCUGCUACUGGCGAUCUUUGCUGGAUGGCUAUGCCGGCGUGUGGAACAGCACGGUCGAGCAGUGGUCUGAAAGCACGCAGCGCGAGCGCGGUCUUCGAUACGAGUCUUUCGUGCUCUUGGAAAGCCCGAAGAUGUUUGAGUUCGAUGCCUCUGCCACGGAAAGGUGGCAGGCUUCCUGA